AUGUCAAGCGUCGCAUCCCAAGUGAUCCUACAUCCGAACGUCUCGAAGUCCCUAAAGGUCCUGGGCACGAACCUCGGUCGAGACAAGCUCUACCGUGCAGUCCAAUACUUUGCACGCUUCCUUGCGUGGUACUUGGUCUCGCGCGGGUACAAGGUCCAGGGUGCGCGAUGGAACGCGCUCAAGUCGCACCUCGCGCUGGCCCGAAAGUUGAUGCGUCUGGGAAAGCCCAUUGAGCAUCUGCAGGCUGCUCUACGAGCCGCCCAGAUCGCGGCUGAGCCGGGGGAGCAGAUCACCACCAUAUGCCGGCAGCUCGGGUACUUCGGCUACUUGACAUACGAUACGCUCGUCUGGGCAAAUGCGAUCAAGUUCUUCAACUUCAAGCCCUCUACUGCCGAAAAAGUCAGCAAGAACGCCAACCGUUUAUGGCUCGCCGGGAUCCUCUUCAGCAUCACCCAUGGCCUUCUCAAGGCGGGGAGAUUGGCGAAUGAUGUCAGGAAGCUGCAGAACGCACACUUGACGGAGAAGGGACAAGACGUCGACCGUGACGCCAAGCUCGGUAACUUAUACAAUGCACGGGACGCAACGCGCCACCAGUUCAUCAUCGACCUUCUCGACGUCUGGAUUCCUGCGAGCAACCUCGGCUUCACUAACCUCAACGACGGUGUUCUGGGCAUCUUCGGUCUCAUCACGUCCCUCAUGGCUUUCCGCCAGCAAUGGUUGGCAGUCAACGGCAAAUAG